AUGAAAGGAAUAGAGAUUAUAGACCCAAAAGACAAUGCACGAAUAUUUUUCAUCAGCUUCUGCACGUUCAUCGAGUUUCUGUGCAAGCUUGAUUCGGAACAGAAAUUUUACACGAAACACCUGAAUUCAUUGAGCCUAAUAAGUGAUAGUACAUCAUGUCAGUCCAAGGAAAUCGUUUCAUUUUGGGAUUCGAUAUUAGAACGUGCUACCGAAGAACAUGAUUACAAGAUACUUGAGCAAGUUCGAAGCAAACAUGUCUCAAUUGGUGGUGCAGACGUUGCUAGAGUGCAACGAGAAAAUAAUUUGUUCUUGUCAAAGGAUAGAACGUAUUUAAAUAUAAUAAAGAAACAUCCACCGCUCCGCCGUCAAGCUGACAGGCGCGGGACACGGUGGCCUACCUUUACGUGCAGAACGUUCACCGUCAGGCUGACAGGCAUGAAGUCGUUUUGCACGUACCUCUACCACACCACCGUCAAGCUGACAGGCAUGAAUGUGGUAGGCGACUGCAAGGAAGAGGUCACCGUCAAGCUGACAGGCAUGAUAAUCUCCCCUUGCACUUCCAGACAACUUGCCGUCAGGCUGACAGGCGCAAGUUGCAUGGGCAAAAUACAAGUUCUGGAAGAUAGUAAUAGAUGA